AUGAGCAACAUAGUCACAGCACUGGCCUUGACAUCCACUGCCUCUGGUGCAUACUCAUAUUCUGCACCAAUGGUGCCAUGUCAGGGCACUGGUGAUGCUGCGACAGAUGAGUAUCAGAGCACUGUCUUGCCACCUCCAACAGUUCAGUCCAUUCUGGCUGCCCAGCCACAUGAUUCACAACCAUUGCUGCUCAGAUUGCCAUGCCUCGUCCAACUACCCCCAGAUGUCUCUGCCAUGAUGCAGUCCCUCACUUCACACAUCAGACCUGAGAGGACCAACAGCUGCUCGAGUUCCUCUGCCACUCCCCUGGGACUGCUCAUCCUGGAUGUUCCUGUCUUAUGGGCAGAUGGGACACACACUCCAAGGUCAGACUCCUGGAAGGACAUUGUGUGCCACUGGACAAAGGGACUGGCCCCAUCACUACUACAAUGGUUCCAAGGGAAUGAGGAUGCAUUCCUCAGAGCUUAUGGAAGUGCUGCCCAUCUAGGACAUACAAGGCUCCUCAAUGCCAUCAUAGCUGCUCACAAAUGGCAUCGUGGGGAUGGGGAGCACUGCCACCAGGCAGAGCAGCAAUGA